AUGCCGCCGCGACGAGUAUCAUCCUUCACAGGUUUCGACCGCCUCACCUCACUCUCCCGAGCUAGUUCUUCUAGCUCUGCCUCUAGUGACCGUCAGAUUCGAGUACAUUCGUUGCCACCGGGUGGGCUACCCCGUGGUCUUAGACGAGUCCCUUCAUGGGAAUCCAUUCCAGGAAGUCAACUAAACCGACGUAGUCCCAGUCCAAUGCCGAGAGGCUUCGUGCUCGGCAAUAAUCAUAGGUCUAUCUCAACACCCAGUACCAACCCUGGAGCUCCCAGUGAAGGGAUAAUUAUUUCCAGAGUCGCGAGCCUCAUCGGUCAAACCACACGACUUGAAUCCACUAUGUCGGACUCUACUCCACCCCAAGACGAGAACGAAAAUCAACAGAUACUUCUUGAAAGUGAUGCAUACGUAUCACCUACUACUAGCACUAGCAAUAACAUCGCUGUUAGCAACAACAGAGAGUCAGUUACCUCAAGUGACUCGGAUACGGCAGGGAACAGUCUGUACAGCCUCGAAAGUCAGCAGAGGGGUGGUAGGUUGAAUCUAGGUCUUUGGCAACCUGAGGAGGAAAAUAGACGAAAACGGGGUGGAGGACGAUAUGCCAGAAGGCCGACCCUUCGAUCUACGGAUCGAGAGCUUCAGGAAUUACUUGAAGGACCAUCGUCCCCACCGCCACCACUUCCACCACAACGGCCAGAGCCAUCAGUACCCCCGCAACGACAGCACUCGCCUCAUCCACUACCUCCACCGGAGCUGCCCCAGUCAUCCUCAUCCUCGGAGGCGCAUGACGCUCGUCCUACACUAGAGUAUCAACCAAGAAAACAAGUUUUCGAACCAUCUAGCGAAAAGGAGCUUGAAGGGCUAGAAGUAGUCGGACUACGAUCAGAAGAUGGCGAAAGAAUAUACCCGGGCAGCCAUUCCAGCAGUGGGAGUUCAACACCCGAAAGGAAACCCACACCAAUUCCAACCCGCGGCGCGCCCGAGGAGGCCGAGACCAGGGUCACCCGUCGACAAAAUGAGCUUCCAGUCGCCAUUAUUCCCCAAACAUCCAUGGAACUAGAGAGGCCAAAUUUAAUCGUCAAACCAGUUCAAUAUUUCGAACAUCCCAACAAUGAACGUUUGGCUAUUGAAUAUUAUCCUCUCGGAGACGAUGAGAACGACUGGACGGAUGAAGAAUCAUGGCAUUGCUCGGAUGGAGAAUGGCCUGAUGCGUCUGAAUAUGAUAGUGACGAGGAAGAGGAUUUUGGGUGCAUCGGGUUGUUUCACAAGCCAUACGAAGAGAUGCUAGUCGCUGGGAAAGGGUUCAACACGGUUUUGGUAGAGGAAGUUGAUAACUGGCCUGUCCCUGACGAAAUCAAGAUCCUUGGGUAUAGAGUUAUUGGUCGUUUGGGAGAGGAACAGGAAGAUGAAGAUGAAGAGGACGAGGACGAGGACGAGGACGGAGACGAGAUUGAUGAGCGAUCCGAGAAAAACGAAGGCCACAAACUACACAGAGAAAAUGAUUGGCUGCAUGGUUCGGACCCGAUUGAUGACGAUGACGAAUGGGAGGAUGAGUGA